UCUCGUCCAAUCGUGUGCCGCCGGGUUCUCCCAGGCCAUUUCUCUUGUUCUCUAUCCGUUUUGGCUUGUUUGUUAGGCAAGUCGGUCCGGUCUUCUUCGCCAUAUUUGUUCUUGUUCUUGUUGGUGUUGGUGAAUUCUAAGCAGCUUUUCUACCAAAAUGGCAGAUAAUGACGAUCUCUUGGAUUACGAAGAUGAGGAACAGCCAGAUCAGACUGCUGUUGAUGGAUCAGCGGAAGGGACUCUGAAAAAGGAAGUCAAAGGAACUUAUGUGUCCAUACACAGUUCUGGUUUCCGAGAUUUUUUGUUGAAACCAGAAAUCUUGAGAGCUAUUGUUGACUGUGGAUUUGAACAUCCAUCUGAAGUUCAGCACGAAUGUAUUCCGCAAGCUGUAUUGGGGAUGGACAUCCUGUGCCAGGCAAAGUCUGGUAUGGGUAAGACAGCGGUGUUUGUACUGGCCACCCUGCAACAGCUGGAGAAUACAGCUGAGAACAGUGUCUUUGUGCUAGUCAUGUGUCACACACGAGAACUGGCAUUCCAGAUCAGCAAAGAGUAUGAGAGAUUCUCCAAGUACAUGCCACAAAUAAAGGUAAAAGCAAAAAUAAUUUGCGAAUGCUUAUGGAAUACUUUUUACUGCAAUUUAUAAUUAACUUUUGAGAAU